CAGAGGCGUAUCACCGACAUUCUCUCGCUGCGGAAGCCACUUUCCGGGCUCCAGCCAUGCUCCCACUCCCAAAGACCUCAGCGCCAUGGUCUCGACGAUCUAUUCUCUUCGGAUUUCUAGAAUCAUACAACGUCAUCCACACAAGGAAUGGCAGGCGUCGGUCUUUCGGAAUUACCAUACAUUUUCGGUCUUCUAGUGCGUGAAACAUUGAUAUUUAUGCUCCCACUCCUCGAGCUUGUUUCCUUCCCAGCAACAAACCCCAGAGCAUUUCUUUGAUACCCCCAAGCUCAACACACUUUCUUCUUUCAUACACCUUCAAAAGAAAAGUUACAAUCACAAUGGCACCAGUCGCUGUAUCUCCUGAAUCCCCGGUGUUUAACACCAAGCGUGACGGACAGGCUCUCGAGGAGCUGUCGGACGCUAUUGACAAUGUCAACGUCCUCAAGGACAAUAUGAAGAAGGAGAAGGGUCUGUACGAAGAGUCCGAGUUUGACAAGAACAAGGACAAGACCAAGUUCCGUCAAUACGAAGACGCCUGCGACCGGGUCAAGAACUUCUACAAGGAACAGCACACCAAGCAGACCGUGGCCUACAAUCUCAAGGCCCGCAACGAGUUCCACUCCAAGACCCGUGCGGAGAUGACCAUCUGGGAGGCGAUGGAGAAGCUCAACACCCUCAUCGACGAGUCCGACCCGGACACCAGCCUCUCUCAGAUCGAGCACCUCCUGCAAUCCGCCGAGGCCAUUCGCCGCGAUGGCAAGCCCCGCUGGAUGCAGCUGACCGGUCUCAUCCACGACCUGGGCAAGCUGCUCUACUUCUUCGACGCCCAGGGCCAGUGGGAUGUCGUCGGAGACACCUUCCCCGUCGGCUGUGGUUUCGAUGAGCGCAUCAUCUACGGCCGUGAGUCCUUCAAGGACAACGAGGACUUUGGCCACCCCAUCUACGACACCAAAUUCGGAAUCUACAGCCCCGGCUGCGGCCUCGACAACGUCAUGCUCUCCUGGGGUCACGACGAAUACCUCUACCACGUCGUCAAGGACCAGUCCACUCUCCCGGACGAGGCCCUCGCCAUGAUCCGCUACCACUCGUUCUACCCCUGGCACAACGCCGGCGCUUACCACGAGCUGAUGAACGACCACGACAAGGAGAUGUUCAAGGCUGUCAAGGCAUUCAACCCAUACGACCUGUACAGCAAGAGCGACGAUGUCCCCAGCCCUGAGGAACUCAAGCCAUACUACCUCGACCUGAUCGACGAAUACUUCCCCAACAAGGUGAUCAAGUGGUAGAGCAUUGAUAUGAUGUAUGAUUUUGACUGGAUGAUUAUAUGUAUUGCUUCUUCUUACCACAUUUUUGCUUCUUAUUCCCCCUUUACCCUCCUAGCAUGCACGCAAGCGAUGAUCUACGACCUACUGCAGUCACUUUUGAAUUCAAAGAAUGGGAUUGAUUCCCUUUUCCUCCUCCAAUAGAUUUCUUGCCCUUUUUCCACACUGUAUUUCCAUCGAUAGAGUCGUCAAAACCCACACAUCCCCCUGAGAAAGAAGCACACGAACACAAUAGCUCAGAUCAGAGAUCUAAAGAAACAAGCAUCUACCCCUCAUCUACCAAAUACUGAACACCCAUAGCAAAUUAGACUACUAUCCCCAUCGGUUAAUAAAUCCAAC